AUGGCAGAGGCACCGAAGUGGUACGACGCGUACCCUAAACCACGCAAUACAAACCCGAAAGCGGUGUCGGCAAAGGAGCUGCUUGCACUAUUUCAGGCUGGAGCGACGGCUGGAGUUGACUUUCUACUUAUUGACCUGCGCCGUGUUGACCACGAGGGUGGUACCAUACGAGGGUCUAUAAAUCUGCCUGCUCAGUCGCUAUAUCCAAGUCUACCUGUUCUGUUGAAGAUCUGCCAAAGCCUGCCGCAUGUGCAACAGGUAGUCUGGUACUGUGGCUCGUCCAAGGGCCGUGGCAGUCGCGCCGCGGGGUGGUUCAGCGACUUGCUCGAGGAUCACGGCAUAAAUAACAUCAAGAGCGUUAUCCUAAGUGGGGGUAUCACAGGUUGGGUGCAAAAUGGACCAGACUUUGUAAACUUGACAGAGGAAUAUGAUGAAAGAGCCUGGUAA